AUGUCUUCUGUCAACAUUCGCAGCGUCGCAGUUGUUGGUGGUACCGGAACUAUUGGGAAACCCAUUGUUAAAGAGCUUGUCGACCAGGGGUUUCAAGUCUCUGUUCUUUCCCGAAGCAAUAAGCAAGACGAUCUGCCCAAGGGAGCUGUCGUGAAGACAGUGGAUUAUGACAGUCUCGAGUCCCUCAAGACCGCCCUAGCAGGCCAAGAUGCCGUUGUGUCCACAAUAGCGUCACCUGCCGUUGGCCCUCAGCAGCAGAAUGUACUAGAAGCUGCCUACGCGUCCGGAGUGAAGCGUUUCAUCCCAUCCGAGUUCGGAAUAAACACACGCAAGCUCCAAGGCCUGAAGAUCGCCCAAAUCUUGGCUGGAAAAACCAAGCUGGUGGAUGGCCUUCAACAGAAGGCCGACGAAAACAAGAACUUCACUUGGACUGGACUGUCCAACGGGCUCUUCUUCCACUAUUUCGGCUUUGAUGCGAAGGCGAAGAAAGCUACUAUCUACGACUCCGGAAACGAGCCUUUUCAAACGAGCAGCCUCGGACUGAUUGCCAAGGCUGUGGCAUCUAUCCUCAAACAUCCCCAUGAAACUGCAAACAAAUAUCUGUCCAUCGCGUCGUUCCAACCGUCCCUGAACGAGAUCCUUCAAAUUGUGGAGGACGAGACUGGUACUAAGUGGACAGUUGAGCGUGUAAGUACACAAGAUUUGCAAAAGGUGGGUGAGGAGAAGUUGUCCAAGGGCGAUUUCAGCGCAUUCCGGGAAUUGCUCAGGGUCCACAUUCACCGUGAUGGCGACGGACACUCUGUUCCAGAGGGCGAGCUAGCCAAUGGAUUGCUUGAAUUGCCCAAAGAGGACUUGCGUAACUCAGUCAGGGAUUGGUUAGCGUCAGCGGGUGCGCUCUAA